GUAGAGGAAGCAACAGAAGAAGAAAUGUCGAUGAUUCCAAACUUCUUCGGUCGGCGAUCGAACCACUUCAACCUGCCGGGCCCGUUCCCGCUGGGGCCUUGGGACCCACUCGACGGCUGGCCCAGGCCCGCUUUCCUAAUCGGGCCGUGCUUCCCGCCCGAGACGGCGUCGUUCGCGCGCGCGGAUGUGGACUGGAGGGAGACACCAACGGCGCACGUGUUCAGGGCCGAGGUGCCGGGGCUUAAGAAGGAGGAGGUGAAAGUGACGGUGGAGGACGGCGGAAUCCUCCACAUAAGAGGCGAGAGGCGGCGCCGCAAGGAGGAGAUCGGCGAUGGGUGUUACCGCAUGGAGCAGAGCAGCGGCAGCUUCUCGCGGCGGUUUCGACUGCCGGCGAACGCCAAGGUCGACCAGCUCAAGGCGGCCAUGGAGGGCGGGGUGCUCACCGUCACGGUUCCCAAGGCGGAGCAGCCCAAAAGGGCCCACUCGAGGACCAUUGAGAUUUCUGAUAUGUAAAUUAGUAUAAUGUGCUCUGUGCUUUGCUUGAUCUUGGGGAUGUUAUGCUAUGUAUUUAUUAUCUGGUGAUUUUAAUUAACGAUCUUAUACUUUGAGUAUUGCUACUUUAAAAAUAUUAAGGUGGUUUGCGUGGUAAUCUGUAUCUAAUCAGACUCGGAUAUAAGGAUCUGUUCUAAAUGACCCUCCGUUAUAAUUACAUAAUACAAGUGUGCUUUAUUUUAUU